AAGUACACCAGCCAAUCACAGACAGCCGGAAGUGACGUCGUUGGUUUUGAACCUGUUGGCGGUUUGUCCGAGGAAGAACACAGACGCUAGUCGAGAGAAAGUGGUGCCGCUAUAUCGAGAAAAUACAUUUUUAUUUUUAAGUUUUACUUUUAAAUAACUUUUUGGGAACAUGCAGAAUAAGGAGAACCGUGAGCCCAGAAGCCUCCUUACACAGACAGUCGGACCGUAUAGAGACGAGAUGAACCCCGGCGCUGUCAUUGGUGCUGGUCCUGGCCGAGUCCCAGUGAAACCCAGUUCACAGAAGAAGUUCUCGAUUAAGGACUUUGAUAUUGGUCGGCCGCUUGGAAAAGGCAAGUUCGGGAACGUGUAUUUGGCUCGGGAGAAGAAGCUGAAGGUUAUCGUGGCGUUGAAGGUGCUCUUUAAAUCCCAGAUGGAAAAGGAAGGAGUGGAGCACCAGCUCAGGAGAGAGAUCGAAAUCCAGUCCCACCUCAGGCACCCGAACAUCCUGCGUUUCUACAACUACUUCCACGAUUCAUCGCGCGUGUUCCUCGUCCUGGAAUACGCGCCGCGCGGAGAGAUGUACAAAGAGCUGCAGCGCUGCGGCCGCUUCAGUGAUCAGCGCACGGCCACGUUCAUGGAGGAGGUCGCGGAUGCUCUUCAGUACUGCCACGAGAAGAAAGUGAUCCAUCGCGAUAUCAAGCCGGAGAAUCUGCUGCUGGGCUUCAGAGGAGAGCUCAAGAUCGCCGACUUCGGCUGGUCCGUCCAUGCGCCGUCGCUACGACGACGCACCAUGUGCGGCACUCUGGAUUAUCUUCCUCCCGAGAUGAUCGAAGGGCACUCUCACGACGAGAAGGUGGAUCUGUGGUGCAUCGGCGUGCUGUGCUACGAGUGUCUGGUGGGGAAUCCUCCUUUCGAGACGGCCAGCCAUUCGGAAACGUACAAACGCAUCACCAAGGUGGAUCUCCAGUUUCCCAAAAUGGUUUCAGAAGGCGCCCGGGAUCUGAUCUCCAAGCUGCUGCGACACAGCCCCUCCAUGCGUCUGCCUCUGAAGAGCGUCAUAGAGCACCCGUGGGUGAAGACCAACUCGCGACGAGUCUUGCCUCCUGUCUGUCAGCCCAAACCCACUCCUUCACACUAUCACAAAGAUCACUCCCGGAUGGCGGGUUUACCCCCGGGUGACCCCCAGUUGGUCGCCAUGAUCGUGAAUCAUUUAAAAACACAGGGACUUUUUGACCAGUUCAGGAGGGACUGUUUGGCGGAUGUCGAUACAAAGCCUGCGUACUUGCACUUGAGACAGCGAGUGGACAACUUUGUGUCUAAUCACCUGUCCAACCACACAUGGAGUCCUCAACUAAACAAGAACCAGCUGAGGAACAGCAUCAGGCAACUCGUGCUCCAGUCAGGCUUGCUGGAGCAGGGCGUCGAUCGGAUUGUAGCGCAGGUCGUCGACCCCAAGGUUCAACACACCUUUCGGCCACAGGUGGAACGUGUCGUCCGUCAGUUCCUGUCUCCGGGCAACCAUGUAGAGGAGGAGGAGCCUACACACGCCCUCACACAGAUUUUGGAAAACCAGGAGGCUUAUCUGUCGUCUCCAGUGAUCCCCUCGGCUCCAGUCUUUGACGCCGCCCCCUCUCAAAGUCAAGAUCCCUCAGUGAUAAUGGCACAGGACGAAGGAGAGGAAGAUAUGUGCCUGGUAGAGGACGAGACCGAGCCAGAAAGAACAAAGGAGGUGGAAGAGCAGGACGAGAAGCUCGAGGGGAACAAAGAGGAGACAACGAGCAAAGAGCUAGAGGAGGAUGAGGAGAGACCGAAAGAGGCGACGGAGGUUGGCCAACAGAUGGAGGUGCCUGUGGAGGUCAAGAAAGAGGAACAAGAAGAAGAAAAAGGGGAGGAGAAGGAAAAGAAAGGGGAAGAGGAUAAAGAGAAAGGAGAGGACACGAAAGAUAAGAAAGGCUCGGGGAAGAACAAGGAGGAGAGCAGCGCCGACAAACUUCAUAUCCUCCAGAAAGCGAGAGAACGACUGAAAGAAGUCCCCAUUCGCAGAUAUAAUGGCCUCCACUCUUCUGGGAAGAUAAUACUCCCUGGAAGAUUCGGAUCUAGAGGGUCUGAGCGACAUCACGGUGAGUUCGGUCCACACGAGCGACCUUUCGUCUUUGAAGACGACAGCGAGGACGAGGAGCCUCCUUCCGAUACCACCGAGGAAGGAGAGAUCACCUCAGAAGAUGAAAAGGUUCAGAAGAAAGGAGCAGCAGACGAUUCGGACGAAAACAAGGAGAAAAAACCCCGGGGUUCCCGCCAAGGCUACGUUCACAAGCCUUUCCUUUACUCGCGUUACUACAGCGACUCUGACGACGAGGUUACCGUGGAGCAGCGACGUCGUUCCGCUGCGAAAGACAAAGAGGAAAGAUUGCUGAAGCGGCAACAGAACCGGGAGCGUCUUGAGGAAAAAAGAAGGCAGAAGGCGACGCAAGCAGAGCUACAGGCAGAAAAGGAAAAGCAGGAAAUCCAGAGACCUCAAAGGAAAGAAGCACAGAAAGAGAGGAAAGUCCUGGAAAAGAAAGUGGCACUCAGCAGAAAAAGGAAAAGAGAUUCACGGAAAGAAGACGACUCGGCUGCCAAGAAGAAGAGCGACGGAGAUGCUGAAUCCGUAAAGAAAGAUGUGAGCCUUUUGUCUUUCCACCAGGAUGCAGUGAAGUCUAAAGCAAUCUCUCAGAAGCCUGUUAAGAAGCUGUCUGAGGAGGAGCAGCGGAGGAGAAAGAGCCUUUCAGAAGACUCGAGCGAGCCACGCAAAAUUCUCGACAAAAACCGUACCCACUCCUUCAUCCUGGACCUGGAGCUGGGAACUGAGGAGGCCCUCAGACAGCGAGGCGUUGGCAAGAAUGAGCGGCAUGCCCGAAGAGAGAAAGAGCGAAAAGAGAACGAGAAAGAGCGUAGUCAGUUCAGACAGAAGCCGGAAAGUAAGAAAGGAGGAGACAAUCUUGCAGAGGAGAAGGAGGGAGGCGUGGUGAAAGUUACAGUUGAUGACAAAGUAGAGAAGAAAGGGUCAAAGGUAAAAGGAGACAAGAAGGGCUCGGCGUCGGCAAGGGAGGGACGGCUUUCUGUGACUGAGGGGUCGGCCCUAGAGGAGGGAAACACCAAGGAUAAAGACAAGCCGCCUAAAGACAUUUUGAAACGGUCAAAAAGUCACCCAGAGGGUAAAUCUCUAGAGAAGCUCAAGGCCAGGCAAGAUGGCAAAGAUGUGGGGGCUGGUAGUAAAGACAAGAGCUCCACUUUAGAGGCCCAUAAAUAUAGCUCAGACACAAGGACCAAGACUUCAGAGGCAAGUCCAAAGGUAAAAUCUGUGCCAGAAAAAGCAAGAUCCAAAUCUAGAGAUGACUUAAAAUCCCAAAGUCCAUCGGUGACCAAAACAGACAAGAAGGCCCAAAGUCAGGAAGCCAAGGGUAAAGCCGGAGUGGCUCCUAUCAAGCCAGAGUACACCAAGGAAAAGAAGAAGGAGGGAGUGAUAAAAGAAGACAGAAGAGUCUCGGAGGACCGAAUUGAGAAGGGGAAAGAUGCAAAGAGCGCAAAGAAAACAAGUGAGAAAAAGACAAAUGAUUUCGAGAAGAAGGGUGGAGACAGUGAGAAUGAACAAAGAACCCCUGAAGUAGAUGAUCUCUCUUCCAGUUCCUCUGCUCCGUCAGCAAUUGCUGAUGAAGUUGAGACUGGAGGCGGAAUGGAUUUUCAGACUUCAAACGAUCAAACGCGGCCAGCUCCGAAGUCCCUCACAACAUCUGUCCUUACAACUCAACAAGUCUCAGAUUCUCUUUUUAAAUCAGAGGUUAGGACCGCACAGUUCUUGGAGUCUUUACCUGUGAGUCAUGUCUCAAACCUACAGACUUUAGAUUCUGCACCAGAGUCUGAUUCCACAGACCAAUCCAUCUCUAAGUCUUUGAGAAAGCCUGAUCUAACUUUAGACUCACAAGCUAUGGAUACAGAGUCUGAUCAUGCUGCCUUACAAUCCACAGACGUGGAGUCAAAUCUCACAGACCCACAAGCCAUGGAUACAGAGUCUGAACCUACAGCACCACAAGCCAAUGCUGUACAGUCUGAUCUUGCAUCACCACAUUCUGAAUCAUUACAAAGUCAACCUACACAGUAUGAUCUUGCUAUACCACCACCACAACAGAUUUCCUCAGAUUCACAGCAAAGGCCUGAGCUCAUGAACUUCUCAGAGUCUAAUCUAACUGUUCCUGAACCAGAUACUCCUCACACACGGCUGCAGUCCUCAGAUUCAAGCCCAGUGUCCAUUCUCCCAGCCCCUGAGUCUUCAGACUCUAUUCCAGAGUCUGAUCUCAUGGUUGCUCAGCCCUCAAAUGUAAAAAAUGAACUCGCAGUCCCUCAGGGUUCAGACACGCUUCCUGCUGAUGUUUACAGCACUUCUGUUUCUGACGACAUGUAUGACGCCCUAAGCGACAUCACUCCAGAUCCUGAGGAUGAGGAGGAGGCCACUAUAAGACUCUCUGAGACCCAGGACCAGCACCGGAACAUCCCUGCGGAGGCUGACGCCCUCUUCAGAGACUUCUAUCCAGGAUGCAGAUAUAAAGAUGAAGGAAGCAGCCUGACAUUACUCUCUAUGGAUCCAGAUCAGGGAGUUUUGCCGAGUUUUGUACCUGAAGAUGCACAUGUUGCUGGCCAGCAGGUGGAGACUUUGCCCACAGACCUGGUUGAUGAGACAAAUGUGAUCGAGCCACCAGAAGAGGUUGCUGCUCAUGACCCGGAGGAAGCAGAGGAACAUGCUGAAGGUAUAAGCAGCACAGCCAUUGAAGGAAAGGCCACAGACAUACUGUCUAAGGAGGAGGCGACGUCUGAGAAUAAAGCAGGGACCAAUGGGCAGGAUGCCCAUGGGCAGGAGGCACAGGCUCCAGGGGUUAAUGCAGAACAGUCCCAGGUGCAAGAGAUAUCAGACCUUCAAAUAAAGGAGGCACAUGCACAUGAGGGAAAUGCACAGGAAGUACCGGAGGCUCAAACACACGAGGCGGAAGAACAGGAGCAGGAGCUCCCGAUCCACGAGCCAAACUUGGAGGAACAGGACGUGCAGAUGCAGAAGCCAAACAUAGAGGAGCUGGAGGCACAGAUGCAGGAGUCAAACAUAGAGGAACAGGAGGUGCAAGUGCAGGAGCCAGACCCACAGGAGAAGGAGCUUCAGAUUCAAGAGCCUAACAUAGAGGAAAGGGAAGCACAUAUGGAGGAACCAGACACACAGGAGAAGGCGCUUCAGAUUCAGGAGCCUAACAUAAAGGAAAGGGAAGCACAUAUGGAGGAACCAGACACACAGGAGAAGGAGCUUCAGAUUCAGGAGCCUAACAUAGAGGAAAAGGAAGCGCAUAUGGAGGAACCAGACACACAGGAGAAGGAGCUUCAGAUUCAGGAGCCUAACAUAGAGGAAAAGGAAGCGCUUAUGGAGGAACCAGACACACAGGAGAAGGAGCUCCAGAUGCAGGAUCAAAACGCAAAGGAGAAUGAGCUCCAGAGGCAGGAGCCAAACACACAGGAGAAGGCGCUCCAGAGGCUGGAGCCAAACACACAGAAGAAGGAGCUCCAGAGGCAGGAGCCAAACACACAGGAGAAGGAGCUCCAGAGGCAGGAGCCAAACAUACAGGAGAAGGAGAUCCAGAGGCAGGAGCCAAACAUACAGGAGAAGGAGCUCCAGAUGCAGGAGCCAAAUAUACAGGAGAAGGAGCUCCAGAUGCAGGAGCCAAACAUACAGGAGAAGGAGCUCCAGAUGCAGGAGCCAAAUACACAGGAGAAGGAGCUCCAGAUGCAGGAGCCAAAUACACAGGAGAAGGAGCUCCAGAUGCAGGAGCCAAAUACACAGGAGAAGGAGCUUCGGAUGCAGGAGCCAAACACAACAGAGCAGGAGGGGCAGAAGCAGGAUCCAAACAUACCAGAGCAGGAGGGGCAGGAGCAAAACACACCAGACCAGGAGGGGCAGAAGCAGGAUGUGCAGACACAAGAGUCAGAAGAACAAGAGGCACAAGUGGAGGAGGCUGAAAUGCAUGAGGCAAAGGCACAAGAAUAUUGGAUACAGGAGAAGGAGACACAGGGUCAGGAUACAGAAGCACAGAUACAGGAGGCGCAGACACAAGUGGCACCAUCAAAGGAGGCUCAGUUGCUGGAGGUGCUAAAGGCGCAGAAAGCCCAGGCACAGGAAGUGCUAAAGGCGCAGGAGUCACAGUCGCAGGAGGCUCAGGUGCAGGAAGUGCUUAUGCCAAAGGAGGCCCUGGUGCAGGAGGUGCUUAAGCCACAGGAGGCCCCGGCAAUGGAGGUGCUUAAGCCACAGGAGGCCAUAGCACAGGUGGUGCUUAAGCCACAGGAGUCCCCGGCGCAGGAAGUGCUUAAGCCACAGGAGGCCCCGGCGCAGGAGGUGCUUAACGCAAAGGAGGCACCGGUGCAGGAGGUGCUUAAGCCACAGGAGGCCCAGGCGCAGGAGGUGCUUAAGCCGCAGGAGGCCCCGGUGAAGGAGGUUCUUAAGCCACUGGAGGCCCCGGUGCAGGAAAUGCUUAAUCCACCAGAGGCCCCGGCGCAGAAGGUGCUUAAACCACAGGAGGCCCCGGCGCAGGAGGUGCUAAAGCCACAGGAGGCCCCGGCGCAGGAAGUGCUUAAGCCACAGGAGGCCCCGGCACAGGAGGUUCUUAAGCCACUGGAGGCCCCGGUGCAGGAGGUUCUUAAGCCCCAGGAGGCCCCGGCGCAGGAGGUGCAAAAGGCAAAGAAGUCCCCAGCACAGGAGGCCCCGCUGCAGGAAGUGCUAAAUAUGCAGGAGGCCCAGGCACCGCAGGCCCAGGCACCGGAGGCCCAGGCAAAUUUCCCAAAUGCCCAGCAGCAGGUGGCAAAGACACAAGACGUGCAAACCCAGGAGCCACAGAAGCAGCCAGCAAGGAGAGGACGACCCCCGAAAUUAAUUAAACAAGCCAGUAGUACAUCAAAGUCAGAUGGACAAGAAGAGGACAAAUCCGAUGUGUCAGAAGUGGAUGAACGUCUAGAAGGCCGAGUGACCCGUAAAGGACGACGUUCCAGUCAGAGAGCUUCAGCCAAGGAAACUGCAUCAAAGCCUGAAGAAACAGAGGCAACGGGGGAGGAAGUAGAGCAAAAAGAGAUGCGCCGAGGAAGGCGUUCCGGAGUUCAGGCGGCUGCUGCAGCAGGUAAACCGGCAAUGAGGAGAAAGAGGUCUGACCAAGCUGAGGAUCCAGAGAAAGAGGGAAAAGAACUUGCAGCUGAGGAGAAGGAUGAGGAGCCUGUGAAGAGAGCACGACAAGAUAGUGAGAGUGUGACUGAGGAAGAAGAGGAAGGCAAAGAGGAGAAAAAAGAGGAGGACAGAGACACAGAGAGCUCUAAAGAGAAGGCUGAGGAAGAGGAACCGGCGAAAAAGACUCCACGCCGAGGCAGAUCCUCAAAGAGCACUUGUAACGCGGAGGAUUCAGAGAGGAGAGAAGCCGAGACGGAGACGGGGGAAGAGGACGAGAAACAGGAGGAGGAGGAAACCAAAAAGAGAGCCACAACACGUUCUGCGUCUCGGCUAGAGGCUGAGAAAAAUAAGCCGAAUAAGCCGUCAACCAGAGCGGUGAGCAAACUGAGCGGGAAAGAAGAGAGCUCUCCAAACACACGUUCCUCUCGUUCCCAAGGUGCUGCUGCAGUAAAGGGUCGUAAGAGCGAAUCGAGCUCUCCAACACCUCGGACCCGUGCCGGCUUAAAAGCUGAGGAACCACCUUCAAAGAGAGCCAAGCGAUGAUGUCAUUGUGUGUGUAUUAUGUAUGUUUGUAUGUAUGUAGCCCAGUCACCGUAAUGACAUCACCAUUUAACGCGAUCUCUCCCAGCCGGAGACGCGUUUUUAACCUCAGUGACGCUCUCUCCGGCUCGGAAUUGCGAGCGAGCAAUCCGUCAUGAGGAGUUCUGAAAUGUUUGCCAUCAUGGUUGUGUUUUUUUGUUUUUGUGUGUACAGUGUGUUUAAAAAUAUUUCAAUUAUAAAAUCCGCUUUCCACAUACUCAAUACAAUCCCACAGCGUUCCAAAAUCCCAGGACUAGAAGAACCAGCCAUGUUUUCCUUACGGCAUGCAGUGUAUGGAAUUACGACGCUCUAAUCGAAAGUGCAUUUUGUAACGUAAAUCUGCGUUCUGGAUCGAGGAGGCCAAAGAAAAAUAAACACGAUUUAUUUUAUUGAUUAGGGACCGUCAAAAGUGCAUGUUCUAGCACUUUCUCUACAAUGCACUGUGCAGUAUAUUUCAGCAACAAUCACCCUGUGCUUCCAAUCAUUUUCGAAAUAGUGUAGAUAGGAAUGGGUUUGGUUCUAUUUCCCGACCGGUAUUCGUUAUAUAUCCAGUAUAAUAUUCGGAAUCUUGGCAAGGUAUAUAAUGGUCUGGUUGUCCUGCAAACCUUAGAAAGCCCUUGUUAAACUCUCAUGAUCAUAAAGUUCGACCCACUCUUCAUUCAAUACUUUACUAUAUACAGUCGUAGGAGAAAUAAGGUUCUCGAAUUCCCCCCUCCAUAAGAGUUAUGCAAAAAUAUUUGCUCAUUCCACAUGAUGGAAAUGUUGUUUUUUGUUGUCGUUUUAUCGUGUCGUUUUAUCUGCUGAGCCUAUUAGCGUGUUCAGUUGCAUGCGUGCUGAUCCUGUUGGCGUGUUCAACAUCAAAACACUCAUUCUGUGAAUGUAAAUAUCUGAGAGAUUUCUUUUAUACACUAGCUUUUAUUAUAAAGGCCACCGGGACCAUGAA